GCGACCGCGUUCUCGGCUGUUCGUGAACAGCGGAGUUUUGUUCCCGGACUACCCGCCCGAACGACCCGAACAAUGAAGAGCGCCAUCAUGGCAACAACAAAUCUCUCAUGAUGGUAUUUAAAGAUGGCUGCCGUUUGUUUAUAAACAUGUUCCGCGAGGUGUGUUUGAGUUUGAGGCGGUGUCAGUCACUGUCAGAAUGGCAGAAUUAGCUAUCGUUCUACAUGAUUUAAUGUUUGAAUUUGAUGAUGACGAAGCACUUGAUGGAGAUAACGAUUUUCCUUCAUAUAUCCUGGCAUUCGUAAACCAGAAGAGAGAGAAAGUACCAAGAAUUGAGGGAUUCGUUGAAACAGUCGUGCCACAGUACACCUCCUGGGACUUUAAAUAUCAUUUUAGAAUAAGUCGUGUCACAUUUGAAAGAUUGCUUGGUGAAGUGGGACCUGAACUUUACCGUGAUUAUUGCGGAGGAAAUACUCCACUUCUGCCUGACAAGCAAUGUCUGACCUUCCUGUGGUAUGCCUGUAACCAAAGUAGCAUGAGAGGUGUAAGCCAUAUGUUUGGGUUGUCCAAGUCAACCGUUCACUCAUGCAUUCACAAAGUUGCAGCAACUAUAUCCACUAGACGGCAUAGUGUGAUAAGAUGGCCUGACCAAACAAGACAAGCUCAUAUUGCUGAAGGGUUUGCUGGGGAAAGCUGCCUUCGUGGCAUCGUUGGUGUGAUCGAUGGGACCCACAUCAGAAUUAUCAACAUUCUGAAUGGUCAACCUGAUUAUAUAAAUCGAAAAUCCUAUCCAUCCGUCCAGCUUCAGCUUGUAGUUGAUGACAUGAUGCUAAUAACGGAUGCAUAUGUAGGAUGGCCGGGAUCAGUGCACGAUGCACGGGUUUUCCGCAACUCUCCACUGUACCAUGACGUUGAAGAUGGACAUAAAUUGGCAGAGCAUCAGUAUCUCAUAGGUGAUACUGCCUACCCGCUCAGAAGCUGGCUGGUAACUCCCUUCAAAGACAACGGACACCUGUCGCAGCAGCAACGCAGAUUUAACAGGAUGUUGUCUGGCAAACGCCAAGUUGUGGAAAGAGCCAUAGGCCACCUAAAAGGCAGGUUCCGAAGAUUGCGAGAGCUCAUGUUCCAUGACAUAAGUCAGAUAUGCCAAUUUAUAAUGGCUACAUGUGUAAUGCACAACUUGUGCGUGCUGUCUGAUGACGAUGUGAGCAGUUUCAUCAACUUCGACGACCAAGAUGACAUGGAACUUGAGAAUAUCUUUGCAGAUGCAACAGGUGGACAUGUCAGGAGGAAUGCUUUGGUUGCCCAGUGUUAGUGAGUUUGGAGUUUUCUCCUUAGAUGGGUCUGUCCCGUAGAGCUAUAUUAGAUUACUAGAGCGCUAACUCGACGUACAAAGUGAUGCCUGCUGAGCGCAUCCAUGUUUGUACACAAACCUAUGGGAAAACUCGAAAUUUUGUACAGCUUUUGUAUGGCUAUGUGCAUAAGAAUGAGGAGUUCGCGCUCUAGUAAUUUAAUAAAGCUCUAUGAUCUGUCUUUGUCCACACUAAAUGAUACAUUUUUGUGACACCGAGUUUGAAUUUCCAACUGCAAUAUUUUGCCCUUCUUAUUUUUAUGCUUCUUACACCAGAAAGGUUAAGAAAAUUUAAGCAAUAUUUAAGGAGCUAUGGAAGGUUAAUUGUGAAGGCAUAAUGUUUGUCACAUGGACAAACACUUUUUUUCGACUCACCAUUAUUCAAAGCAGUAUGAACCAAGUCCGAUAAUAUUUGUUCCAGUAUAAUUAAGUGCCCACACUGUUAGUACAUGUAGUUGGGCAAUUCCGUAUGAGAAACGACAUUUUUCGGAAAAUUUGUGAAGUACGAAUUAUGUAAGAAGUACAGUCUGAAUCAAUUAUCUCAAAGCAUAGGGCCUAGUUGACACUAUAGAUAACAAAAUCCAUUAAAUUAGAGCCAAAAUUUCUCUGAAUUGUAAUUCCGUUACCGUGGAAUUGCCCAUUUAGAGAACUUUCAAAGAAACAAUCCUCUUUCUUAAGGAAGUAUUUGGAAAACGGAUGCCUUGAAAAUAACGUUUGUUACCAGGACAGACAAGAAAAUUUCAAAUUAAUUGUUUUGCUAAUUGAUGGAGACAUUUUUAACAAAGAGAAUAGUUAGGACACUGUACAUGUACACCCACAUUCAUUUUUUCCAGACUAAAAUGAGGAGCUUUAUAUUUCAACUUAUUUCUCAUCUGUAACAUUUUCAGUACCCAUGAAUUGUUUUUUUUCCGCAUGAUAAUGCCUAUUUUACAUAACUUGAAAAAGGACCCCCGAAAAAUAAACUGGACAUUUGUAUCAAAUUUCUCAUUAUUUCAACAACUAACAACCAAAUCCUUUAUUAUGUACACUAUAUUUCUACUAUUGUACGACUACUACUAGAAUCAUUGAAGCUUAUUUCUUGACUGUUAACAAAGUUUAAAUGAGAGCUAUUUUUUAUGUUGUGCAGUUGUAUCAUUUAGUGUGGACAGACCAUAGAGCUAUAUUAAAUUACUAGAGCGCGACCUCCUCAUUCUUACGCGCGGAGAUAUUUUGAAGUUGUCUGGGCACAGACAUUUUGAAUUAAUGUGCGUGUUUGUAGAACAAUGAAAUUAAAUGGAGUGAAUUUUGGAAGUGUACUCUAAAUGCAACGCGCAAGUACAACAUACGCGCGGCGCGUCAUGAUAGUUAAAAAGCGUCACAGCAUAAUUAUCUGGAGCUGAUCCGUGCAUGUGUUUGCGUUGUUUGCGCAGAACAAAAUGAAACGCUCACUUAGUGAUUUUGUGUUUCUGUUUUGGGCUUUGAUAACGCACCAGUAUAGAAUAAAAACGCAGAUAUGCACAUAGCCAUACAAAAGCUGUACAAAAUUUCGAGUUUUCCCAUAGGUUUGUGCACAAACAUGGAUGCGAUCAGCAGGCAUCACUUUGUACAUCGAGUUAGCGCUCUAGUAAUCUAAUAUAGCUCUACGGGACAGACUCAGAUUCAUCAGCAGUGUAAAGUUUGGAAAUGGAUAAUAAAACUCCCCAAAUUUUCCAAUAUACAGUGAAACACUGAUAUAACAGGGUCCUUCAGACUUUACAAAAUUCCUUGUUAUAACAGAUAUCUUGUAUUAACAGUAUUGAAAACAAAGAAAAACCACAGACUUGGGACCUAAAAUUUUCCUUGUUAUAAGCAUGACGUUGUAUUAACAGUGCUCUUCUUAUCAGUCUUCAACUGUAUUGGUUUCUUCUUUUUAGUGUUUUUUUCCACACACAAAUCUGUAAGUCUUUUCAAGAGGGUAAAAUAUAUCAACUUGAAAACUGGCAUUAUCAUCAACCUUUAUACCCAGUAACUUGUGCAUGCAAGUGUGAUGUCAUGAUGACACCAUCAGUCAUCAAGUUACAAAAAAGUUUAACUCAAACAAUGACCGAUUUCUUAUAACUGUAUUUGAGGGAACAUGGUAUGAUACUCCUUAUAUCGGAUCUGACAGAUCUUGAGUGGGGGCUAAAUAUUGUUGUCUGACCCUUACAUAUACUUCCAUGGUUAAACUCAAAGUUAAAUGAAUUUAAACUACUGAAAAGUUUGUAUUCAAAUAAGCAAAUGUCUUUAAACCGGUCAUGGUGUAAACUUUAAAUCUGGUAGAAACCCAAAGUUUGGUGUGCAUAUUUUUGUGACAUCACUGUGACAUUAUCAAAUGUCAAAUUACAUUGUCAAAAUUAAAAGAAACAAUUUUAGCUAUAACUAUCAAACUGAAUGAGACAUCACUUCAUAUUUUCCGAUCUGUUAAGCCUAAUUUUAGGCAACAUAGUUGAUUCACAGACACAUCAGAUAACCUUUAUGUCCAUGAUUACUGAAGUGCAACGAUAUAUGAAAAAACAUUUAAAAUGGAGGUGAAUUUCCCACACAUUUACCAAAGUGGAGCUUGAACGCUUGAGAAAAAGUGUAAAUUUGGAAAAUGAUGCGUUUCCCUUGUUUUUACGCCGUCAUUCAGUAAACAUGCAGAAGUAUUAUUUUACACAAAUAAUUGCACUACACUAGACUUUCCAGUCAUUGGUGUGCAAAUGCUAGAACGUCAUCAAAUCAGAAGUUACGUGCAAACUCAUAUGUAACAUGUACGUUUUCAUUGUUCUGAUUUUCAGGAAGUUGCCGUUUGUCAUAUUUUAUAUCCAAAAUAGUGACCUUAAAAAUGUCAAUUGUAUCUGGAUAUUAUACUCGUGUUGACUAACUUAAAAUAACAGAGACCUGGUAUGUGAGAAAAUUUUGCAAAUUUCUUACCAAAUUCUUGUUUUAUUUUGAAGGUUAAUACCAACUCUAACAAGGCCAAAAACAGUUAAUACAACUUCAGUUUGUAAUAAACGUACAUUAAUUUUUUUUUUGAAAAUUAAUACCAACUCCAACAAGGCCAAAAACGGUUAGUACAACUUCAGUUUGUAAUAAACAAUUUUUUUCAACAGCAUAAAAAUUAGUGGGCAUUUUUUUCACUAUUACUGUAGGAAAUCAAUGUAUGGAAACUUUUGGCUGAUACAAUUAAUACAAAUUAAUUUAUUAUGUGAUCUUGGUAGGGCAGCUAAAAGUAUUUGUUAUUUUUUAUUGAUUGUUUAAUUACUUGUCUUUUGUUUUGACUGCUUUUAUCUGUAUUUCUUAAUAACUUAUGGAAUUUUAAUUGUACAGCGCUUUGUGAUGUCUGUGUGACAUGGAAUGCAUUUUUUUAAAUAAUAUAUUUUAUUAUUAGGCCUGUUUAUUGUUAUUUAUUGUUACCCAAAUUUUAUGAACUUGUUUAAGGCUCAAAGCCAAAUGACCUAUUUGUAAGUAUACAAGCAUAUUAAAGAACCAGAACAAAAAAAAUGAACAGAUAA